AAUCAAGCUCUAGGAGUAUCAGGUUCUCCAUUACUUGAGCUAUUUCCAAUAGUGUUCUUUCAGGAGGCACACAUUUAAUACAAGUUUUCUGGGAUAUGAUUAUAGUCGCAGUGGAAAUCCAACAAGGAAUUCUAUGGAGAAAGCAGUUGCUGCUUUGGAUGGUGCCAAAUAUUGUUUAUCCUAUGCGUCUGGUUUGGCUGCAACACUGAAUAUCACCCAUCUUCUGAAAUGUGGAGACCAAAUAAUCUGUACUAAAGAUGUAUAUGGAGGCACUAACAGAUAUUUUAGAAGGGUUGCAUCUGAAAUGGGAUUCAAAGUGGCUUUUGUUGAUUGUUCAGACCUAAAAAGCUUGGAAGCUGCUAUCACUACAGACACCAAGCUUGUAUGGAUAGAAACCCCAACAAAUCCAACUUUAACAGUGAUCGAUAUCAAGGGCUGUGCGGAUAUUGUUCACAAACAUAAAGAUAUUAUUCUAGCAGUGGAUAACACAUUCCUGUCUGCCUAUUUCCAGCGUCCCUUGGCUCUAGGAGCAGACAUCUGUAUGUAUUCUGCAACCAAAUACAUGAAUGGCCAUAGCGAUGUCGUCAUGGGGUUGGUGUCUGUAAAUUGUGACAAGCUGUAUGAAAAGCUAAAAUUUCUUCAGAAUUCAUUAGGAGCCAUUCCAUCACCUUUUGAUUGUUACCUUUGCAAUCGGGGUUUGAAGACCCUGCAUCUGCGGAUGCAGCAACACUUUCAGAAUGCUUUAACUGUAGCAAAGUUUUUGGAAGCAGAUCCUCGUGUAGAUAAAGUCUUAUACCCGGGACUGCCAUCUCACCCACAAUAUGAACUCACUAAACGACAGUGCACUGGUGUGUCUGGCAUGAUUACAUUUUAUAUUAAAGGAACUCUUGAACAUGCAAAGACAUUUCUUAAGAGCAUAAAGGUUUUUGCAUUGGCUGAGAGUCUUGGAGGAUAUGAAAGUUUGGCUGAGCAUCCGGCUAUCAUGACUCAUGCUUCAGUUCCAGAAGAGGAGAGAGCAGCACUGAAUAUAAGUGAUACUUUAAUCCGCCUUUCUGUUGGCUUAGAAGAUGUGGAAGAUCUUAUUGAAGACUUAGAUCAAGCCUUAGGGAGUGCACAUCCUGAUAUUAAAAAUCAUAACUAAAGCGAACAGCGGAUCAGUGAAACUCCAUUUCUUCUUUAUAAUUAUGAUUCAACAUCUUUCUUCUCUCUUUAUAAUUAUGAUUCAACAUCUUUCUUCUCACGGUUAUCAUUUUAAGAUGAAAACAGAAAAUUUGGGAAUUUAAUAGAAUUUUAUAGUAAAUCAGCAAUUUUAAUAGCAUUCAUUUAUGCUUUGAUCAUUGUCAUAAAUGUUUUCGGUUUUAAAUUCAGAGGUGCGCAUGUAUAAAGUGAAGAUAAAAAUUAUUCAACUCCUAGAAAAGUUUUUAAUUGAUUGCACCUCCCACACCUAUAAUGCCUCUAGAGGUGAAAGUAUAGGUUGGUGUGCAACAGGGUGAAAUUAACUAGCAUGAAUGUUUUCUGAUACACCAAAACAGAUGGUCGUAAAAGAACCCCUAUAAAAGUCUUCCGCAAAUCAUUGCAGAAUGACCCAGGUGCUGCCUGUGAAAAGCUGUAGUAAUAAAUGUCCAAUGUAAGCAGGUGCAUUUAUUAAUUCAUUAUAAAAGAAUAGGGCCUGUUCUUUUAAAAUUAAUUAAUAAAUUAAAUGAUUUUUAACUUUCAAAGGCUCCCAGUGUGCACCUGCAUACAUCGGACAUUUAUAUAGACUGAUGGAUAAUUCUUUAUGACCACCUGUUUUGGUGCAUUUUUUUUUUUGUACAAGAUAAUGCCAACAAUGUUAUAUUUAUUUCUUUUGGGUUAAAUAUGCUUGGAUCUAGAUUAACUAAUACAUUGUAAAUGAACACAAAGGUGACCGCUAUUAUGGGUUAAAGGGAAUUUCUGUUGUUAGUGCAUUUCUGAUCGUACAUUUAAUUCCCUUUACUGGGAACUUUAUGAAACUAGUUUCUAGGCUUGUGUUUAAAGCAGAGUGACCAAAACUGCAGGAACAAAUUUUAAGGGCUAUAGCACCCUGCACGUUUUAAAUGUUGCAGUUUAUAUCUACCUCCUUCCAACUGACAGCAAUGAGAAGCACAGCAGGUUGCUUUGCAUAGGUAAUGGUACAACAGACUAGCCAUUAUGAUUGCCUCUGCAGGGUGACCGCUGAAUUAAUUUACAUCAAUUAACAGAUCUUAUCAUGUGCCAUUCCCCUAAUAAAAAAUGGAUACAAAAUGGCCACGUGCCUCGCAUAAGUGUCUUGUUUUUUUCCCAGUUCUAUAUCCUAUGAAAUUAAAAUAACACUAGUUCUUUCUAAUCGAUUGUGCUCACUAAUAAAUAAUAAUCCUUUUUUUU